UGCUAGAAAAGCGUAUAUUGGAAACGAAAAACUCCACUCUGAACAACAAAACAUCACUCUCCUCCCUUCCUCUUCACACUCAUUUCACAAAGCUAGGGUUUCCCAUUUCCCCUUUCGUUUAGGGUUUCGCAUUAACGCUCUGCAAUCACCAAUGGCGGCAAUCGCGGCUCCCCAACAGCGAUCCUCUAAGACCGAGUCCUACGUCGACAACAAGCGCAAGGAAGACAUUCGUCAUGCCAACAUCGUGGCCGCACGCGCCGUCGCCAACGCCGUGCGCACCAGCCUCGGUCCCAAGGGCAUGGACAAGAUGAUCUCCACCUCCUCCGAUGAGGUCAUCAUUACCAACGACGGCGCCACCAUUCUCAACAAGAUGCAGGUCCUUCAGCCCGCCGCCAAGAUGCUUGUUGAGCUUUCCAAGUCUCAGGACUCCGCUGCCGGUGAUGGCACCACCACAGUCGUCGUCAUCGCCGGCGCACUCCUCGAACAGUGCCUCCUCCUCCUCUCCCACGGCAUCCACCCUACUGUCGUCUCCGACUCUCUCCACAAAGCCUCCAUCAAAGCCGUCGAAGUCCUCACCGCCAUGGCCGUCCCCGUCGAGCUCUCCGACCGCGACUCGCUUGUCAAAUCCGCGAGCACUUCCCUCAACAGCAAAGUCGUCAGCCAGUACUCCACGCUCCUCGCGCCUCUCGCUGUCGAUGCUGUCCUCUAUGUCGUCGAUGCCAAGAAUUCCGAUAUGGUCGACCUCCGUGACAUCAAGAUCGUGAAGAAGCUUGGCGGCACCGUCGACGACACGGAGCUCGUGAAGGGGCUGGUGUUUGACAAGAAGGUGAGCCACGCUGCCGGUGGCCCCACGCGCAUGGAGAACGCCAAAAUUGCGGUGAUUCAGUUUCAGAUUUCGCCUCCAAAAACCGACAUCGAGCAGAGUAUUGUGGUGAGUGAUUACUCUCAGAUGGAUAGGAUUUUAAAGGAAGAGAGGAGUUAUAUUCUUGGCAUGAUUAAGAAGAUUAAGGCCACGGGUUGUAAUGUGUUGUUAAUUCAGAAGAGCAUAUUAAGGGAUGCUGUUACUGAUUUGUCUUUGCAUUACCUUGCAAAAGCUAAAAUUUUGGUGAUCAAAGAUGUGGAAAGGGAUGAGAUUGAGUUUAUUACCAAGACUUUGAACUGUUUGCCCAUCGCUAACAUUGAGCAUUUCCGCGCCGAGAAGUUGGGUUACGCCGAUCUUGUGGAGGAGGUUUCUCUUGGGGAUGGCAAGAUUGUGAAGAUUACUGGUAUUAAGGACAUGGGAAAGACUACUACUGUGCUUGUCCGUGGAUCUAACCAGUUGGUGAUUGAUGAGGCAGAGAGGAGUUUGCAUGAUGCUUUGUGUGUUGUGAGGUGUUUGGUUGCCAAAAGGUUUCUCAUUGCUGGUGGUGGCGCCCCGGAGAUUGAGCUUUCAAGGCAACUGGGUGCCUGGGCUAAGGUGUUGCAGGGGAUGGAGGGUUACUGCGUUCGAGCAUUUGCUGAGGCACUUGAAGUCAUUCCUUACACUUUAGCAGAGAAUGCUGGUUUGAAUCCAAUUGCAAUUGUUACUGAGCUGAGGAACCGUCAUGCGCAGGGUGAGAUUAAUGCGGGAAUCAAUGUGAGGAAGGGUCAGAUUACAAACAUCUUGGAGGAGAAUGUGGUGCAGCCACUGCUAGUGAGCACGAGUGCUAUCACCUUAGCGACAGAGUGUGUGCGGAUGAUCUUGAAGAUUGAUGAUAUUGUAACAGUGAGGUAGAGUUGAUUGAAAAGUGAGAAAUUUGGAGAGGAAUUGAAUUAUCCAUCAUCUUAUUUCUUUCUUGCUUUAAUUAUAUGUUGGUAGUUUAUGUUCUUUCUAGUGACUUUGGUUAAGUUAUUUUGAUUUACUUUGGCUGCUUCUGUUAUUUACAAUUUUGAAUGUCCUCAUGGAUUGUGAUGCUUGCUGAAGUCUUCAAACCUUUCUUGAUGUGUAUUUUGAGAGUUCAUCAACAGUUGAUAAUUUUCCUGAUUGCCACUGCUAUUGAUUGUGUUCAUGUAUUUUCCUUUCCUUAGCCAUACUUGUUUAUGUGACUUUUUUGUUGAAUGGGUGCUUUGCUGAUUAUUUUAAUAUCUUGAAAUUGUGAUGGGUUAUGUAUACUUAGGUUGUUAUUGUAAGCAUCACACAACUUUUCAUUGUUUGUGGAAUGAUGAAACAUCGUAAG